AUGGAGGCUAGUAGGCGGUUGGCAGCUCGCCUGCAUACCAUCACGGUGCUCGGGAAACACUUCUGGACGCACAACUUCUCCGUCUCCCUACUCUUGGAUGAGCUGGGCAAUGUACCACAAGUCACGGGGUUGAUUUUCUGCAAAGUUCGCUUGCUUGAUGGCUCCUUUACUGAGGAAUCUCCAAGACUGGAAGUCCGGCACAACUCAGUGCAAUGGGGAAAGAUGUUUGAAUUUGAGUGCCAAACUGCAGUCAACAGCUUGUCUGGAGUUCUGGAUGACUGCAUGUGUCGACUGUCAGUUCGCAAGGACACAAAGGGAGGAAGGUCAUACCAAAAGGUGGGUUAUGUCGACCUCAACCUGUCUGAGUAUGCAGGCUCUGGGUAUGUGACCCGGCACUGCCUCCUAGAGGGGUAUAUGAACAAGGACAACAAGCUGGACAACUCCCUUCUCAAGUGCACUCCUUUAGUGCACUACAUGGGGAGAAUAGGAGAAGUAGAUAAGUCCUCAGACAACACUGCUUAUGUCAUCGUGAAUGAACAAAAGGUGGGCCUACAUAUGCAGCUGCUCCAGGGAGACCCAUGUUUCAGAGUUCCUACCCAGCAUUCACUGCCAAAUGGAACUUUAUCAUCUGAGAAUGUUGAGCAGCCCAGAGAAAGCACCUCCAGUCACUCUGAGCCCGGUUCCUCAGAGGACAUCCUGAGAACCCUGAGAAGGCAGCUGGUGAUGAAGGGGGGGCUGCUGCUUGAUGCCAUACCCAGUCAGAACCCAGAGGCACAGGAGAGGGCCAGAGUUGUCAGUCAGUUGACUCGGGUCGGGAACACACGGGUGGAUGCACAGGAUGUGGUUGAACAUCUCUGUCUAGAGAGCUUGGGUUCAGUAUUUGAGCUCCCUCCUCCCAUGGAAGAAGCUGGACUUGCACUCUUUGUUGGUCAGGAUGGCACCACAACCCUUGGUGUCACUCAUAUACAGAACAGGUAGCCUAUUGGAGAUGGAUCUCAACCGAUCCUUGAAUUGUUAUAUGUUGAUUCUAAUGUAAUGAGAUUCUGAUUCUUAAUUGGAUUUCCAGUGAUGCCCAACUCUGUCUCAACAGGGACUCCC